GACCUUGUCAACUUGCCCCGGGUUAGUUAGAUUUCGUGCGCCAAAACUAAGACAUCCCUUGUUUCACCCAUCCAUCUAGACUUGCAUUCAAAUUCAAGAUGGCGCCUAGCAUGAAGAUCUUCAAGAAGAGUUCUCCCAAUGGUCGACUCUAUCUCUUUCUGGGGAAACGGGAAUACGUCUCUUGUGAUGGAGUCAUCGAGGAUAUCAAGGGUGUGGCCAAUCUGCCCGAGUUCAAGGACUUCUUGAAAGGAAAAUUCGUGUUUGCCAGCCUCAUUUGCAACUUCAGACAUGGGCGUGAAGAGGACGAAGUCAUGGGCGUGUCCUUCCAGAAGGAAUUGGUCGUGGACCGGAUCCAAGUGUACCCACCACCCGACAAAUCCGAGGAGAAGGAUAAGCUUCAGAGCAAACUUAUCCAAAAACUGGGCGAUUCAGCGUUCCCAUUUGUGCUGAACUUUCCGAAAACCGCUCCCAAUUCGGUGUUGAUCAAGGGCGAGGAAGGCGAUGCUUCCAAUAUGGGAGUGAGCUACGACGUCAAACUUCACGUGGCUGACAACUCUGAAGACUUUAAAGGGGUUAAGAAGGCCAGUGUGGCCAUGGGAAUUCGGAAGGUUCAAUGGUCGCCCAUCAACGACAAGCAACGCUCUCCUACGGCCACAGCAGAUAAAGGUUUCCUGUGCUCCAAGGGCAAGAUUGUCCUGGAAUGUACUUUAGAUCGAGAGAUAUUUUACCAUGGAGAGGAGAUACCUGUUCACGUGUCGGUCCACAACAACUCCAAGAAGUCCGUGAAGACCAUCCGGUGCAGCAUCAAUCAACACUGCGAGUUAACCAUGGUCGGGGCCCAAUACAGUUGCAAAGUGGCUCGUUUGGAGACCAAGGAUGGAUGUCCCCUUGGACCAGGAGCUUCCCUCAAUCGCACGUUCACAAUGAAGCCAUUGGCCCAGAUGUGUGCCCAUGAGCGAGGCCUGGCUUUGGACGCAGCUUUGAGUAAGGUCCGUGACGAGACAAAUUUGGCAAGCUCCUCAAUCGCCGAGACCGGCGACUCGAAUGACCUUUUGGGCGUAAUUGUGUCCUACUCUGUCAAAGUGAAGAUCAUCUUGUCUGGAAUGGGAGGAGAUUUGGAAGUGGAUCUGCCCUUCAAGUUGACCAUGCCUAGACCAGAUUCUGAGGAAGCCGAUAAACUGGAGGAACUGAAGAAAGUGACCAACGAGGAGAACAUUCGAACCAACAAGCGACGCAUGAAGUUCCAAGCACAGGAUUCGGUCCUGGUGGACACCUUCGGUGGCAGUCAGGAGGAAUAGGUGGAAACAUGUCGUCCACCUUUUUCCAGACACAUACUAGAUAGAGAGUAUUUUUAUUUUCAUUACCUUUGCUAUCGUCAUCAUUCAAAGUGUGUAUCUCUCUACCAAUCACAAGGGUGACCUCCCUUCUCUCAGCCAAGACUGUUCUCUUUGUCAUAUUGUACCCAUAUCUAUUAUGCAUAUUACGAACCCGGUCAUCAGUCUCAUCUCAUUCGAUAACCCCAGUUGAGGCCGACCCACUCGAUGGGAUCCCACGAAAAGACUCUGCUUCGACUAGUUAAGGCUUGGGGAACCAAAUCAGGUUGCUGGUCAGAAAAGGAGUUUGAUUGGGUAUGCAAUGUCAAAACGACCGCUGGUCGGGUUCACUGCGUGUUGAAUGUCUCCAAUGUAUACAUUCUAUUCUAAGGAGAAAGGCUGAGUGGAACAGUGUGUCGCCCUCAGUUUUGUGAUCGUAUUGAGAUAUUGUCAUACGCAGGUGUUUGAGGUGGAAAACAACCUCCUCAUCUUAGUAGACACCUUGUCAGCUUCACCAUCAAGAUUGAAGCGAAUCGCUUUCUCGCCUAAUAUUGGAAAGUGGCCUUGUAGUGGUUGUUCAAGGACGAUUAUUAUCCCUAUGAAUUCUUUUGCUAAUGAGUCGCUUCAAUCUUGUGAUGGCUCAAACAUUCGGUUCUAUUCGACACAAUAGAGGUCCUGUAUUUUUUCAACCCAUGACUUUAACCCUUGAAUGAAUCGAGUAUUAGCAAGGCCACUCUGGGGUCCAAAACAAAGGUUCAAAUCGACCGUCCGUACUUUUAGGGCUAGCUUUCAUGAAAAAAAAUACAUGUACAUUGAGCACAUUUUCAUGCCGGCCUUCGCUCUAUUGAAAAGAGCGGUGUGAACCUUAUUCUCAUUAAUCCCAUGGGCUGAAUUUGAAUUGGUAACUUGAGGCGACUUUGCCAACUUUCCUCGGGAAACUAAUUCCUUAAUUACUGUUCAGUCCUCGAGGACUUUUAGGAGAAUGUGUGAAAUGCACUCUGGACCGUAGAGAUUGGCCUUCCUUACACCCAAGUAACAUACAUAACACAAAGCGACUUUUGAUUCGAUUGGAUCCAUGUGUUUGGUUCUUGGUCCAAUGGAACUGACAGCCCAAAGCUCUCUAGAUCUUGCACACAAGUUCUUAAAGCUAAAAUACAGUAUGUCGCAAGUUAAAACCACAGGGGGUUGCAACUACGUUUUCACCAAUUGUACAAGUCAGUGUCAAGCUAUUUUUAUCCACAAUGUUUGAUACCAGCUACGCAUACUACAUACAUACUACAAUAUCUGAUUGAUACAUUAUGGACCUCUUACGAUCCAAUUGUCACAUGCGAAAGAAAAGAAUGUUUAUUUCAGCAAAAACGUACAUAACUAAUGCCUAUUGAAACUUAUGGAAAUUGUAAUUCAAUGUGAAAUACAUUUGUUCAAAUGUA